AUGAAUGUAGAGCAAAAAGUAAAACAUCAGAAACAGAAUGGUGUUCGUCUAAAAUCCGAGUUAAUAGCAAAACAGAAAAUGGAACGUGACCAGCUCCUGUUUUGGAAAUCGCCUAUGCUUACUUUGUACUACUUCUUCAUGGAGUGUCUGUUUAAGUUUGCACUUCUACGUUUCACCGUAGUGCGAAACAAAAACAAAUGUAUUGUAGCUGCCUUUUUCGUGUUGAUAUUGACUGUCUUAGACUACUCAGAGGGUCCUCAUUCUGAACUGUUUAAUCGCAUAAAAUCCACUUCUCUGUGGUGGUCUUGGUGGAUUUGGUUAGGAUUUUUGUCUUCAUGUGGAUUCGGCACGGGCUUACACACAUUUGUUCUGUAUCUUGGUCCAUUCAUAGCUGAAGUCACUAUGAGUGCAUACGAAUGUGGGACGCUCAAAUUUCCUCGACCUCCUUAUCCUGAUAGAAUCAUAUGUCCCGACAAUCCGAAUUUACUAGAAAAAAUCACAUUUUGGAAAAUCAUGCGCAAAGUUCAAAUCGAGUCAAUCAUGUGGGGUUUUGGUACUGCACUUGGUGAACUACCUCCUUAUUUCAUGGCUCAAGGUGCUAGGCUUUCUGGUGAAUGUGAUGAAGAAUUGUCAAAGUUGGAAGAGGUCACCUCUUCUAAUCCAAAUGCCCUAAAUGGAUCAAGUCAACCAGUAACCUUUCAAAAGAGAGCUGAGCUUUUUUUACAUCAUCUGAUAAUCAGAGCUGGUUUUAUUGGAAUUCUUCUUUGUGCUUCAAUUCCUAAUCCACUAUUCGACUUAGCUGGCGUAACAUGUGGACACUUUUUAGUACCAUUUGCCCUUAUUAAAGUUCACCUACAACAGUUGACUGUGAUCGCAUUGAGUUCAGAACACCAUGUUGAAACGUUGGUUGAGCUUAUGGGUCAUAUUCCAGUUUAUGGUAAAAGUCUACAAGCUCCUUUCCUUGAAUAUUUACAACAGCAAAAAGCUAAUCUGCACAACAAAGAGUCCGGUGGACAACAAAGCUGGCUUCAAACAGUUUUGUUUAUCCUCAUAUCUGCACUUAUUCUGUCGUUUCUGGUAUCAAUUAUUCAUGCAUUCGCUCGGAGCUAUCAUCGCCGAUUAUGUGAGUGGCAACGGCGAGCAGAUGGGGAAAUACUAAGCAAAGAUGAAUGA